CAGUCUAAUUGAUUAUACUCUGAGCACUUCAAAUGCACUUGUCGACCGUUUGUCUCAACUCAUUGAAAACCCACGUACAAACGAUCCUUCACUUGAAAAAUUUCUAGAAUUUAGAUUCCAAAAAGGUGUUCUAAAAGAUAAAAAAUCCGAGUAUCAGCAUUACAAAAGUGAAUUGGAUACGAUUAAAAGCUUGUGUCGCAUUAGUUCUGCCACCAACUACACUGUCAAAUUGCGAUUGGCAGUGGGAAAAGACCGCGGUCAUGUUAAGUGCGACACUUUAGCGCUCCGUCAUCAACUACCCUGUCAAAUUGCGAUUGGCAGUGGGAAAAGACCGCGGUCAGUUGAUGAGCAUGCAGUGAGCUGCUGGUCUAAUGCUUUCUUUAAUAUUCUCUUACAUUCUUUCUAUAACAAGCUCGAUAAAAAAUCGCAAUUAUUAAUUUCUUUUUGGGAUUUACAAACGAAGAGACAAACCAUUCAUAUGGAAAGCAAGAUACUUGAGGAGAAAGCUCAGUUGCAACAAGCCCGACAGAUUCUGGAUGCAACGAAAGAUAUCCGAAAACAAGAUCAUUUACUGCGAGAAACAACUGCUAAUCUGAUCGAAAAAGAUCUGUUGGAUGAAUCAUAUGUAAAGAAUUCAGGACAAAAGCGAUCUUACGAGCCUCAAGAAACAAUUUUAGAUUUCGAAAACAAUCCGUUUUUAGACAAAAAAAACAAAGAUGAGAAGCGUGAAUUGCCGAACUACUCCAUAUCUUCCGAAUCUGAAUUAGGUGAUGCAUCUGGGUGCUCCGACAAUGGAACUCUUGAUAAUGGUAAUGAAGAUAUCAAAGAAAGUCUUGAAAGGGAAGAGGACGGUUUCAUGAACGAUCAUGCCAAAUUAGAAUAUAAAAUGAAGUUCCUCAAUAUGCAUAUCGAUAAGAAGUGGAAGUUGCCUUCGGGCGAUUACGUCGAAGAUAUUUUGUAUGAACAUGCAAAAGAUUUACAAUACGAAGAUCAAUUACAUAGCUUCAUAAUCGACACCAGCAAUGAUGCUAUAAUGGAUCUUUUCAAAGAUGUUGACCAUGAUCAUAUAAUUACAUACAAUACUUCUCCCGAACCUGAAUUAUCAGAUGAAUUGAUUAAUUAUCUUAUGAGAUAUCGUAAAUUUCAGCCUAACGAAAUGCGAGAACUGGUCAAUUCUGGCAUCAAUAUUUCUCCCUAUGAUUCAAAAAAACAUUUUAAUUUUCACUAUAUCCAUCAAGUUUUUUCGCAACUCCUUCCCAGACAAUUGAAUUUAUCCGAGGCGAAGGCUGUUCUGGUGCAUCAAGACAGCGAAAAAAACCGUGAAAGAAAGAAUCCGAAGGUCAGGAAGAUCAUGGGACGCAAGUGUGAUGGAAUUGUACGUGAUUUGGGAUCGCCAGAAGAAUUUGCAGUUAGUGAAGAAGGUCGCACUUGGACCGGAGAAGACGGCACCAAAUAUUUAUCUGACGGUUCAUUGAAGAUGCCCAAAAUAAUGCGCGAUAUGCUAUUUCAAAAAAUUAAAAAGCACGGUGUUAGUUUUGUCAAAAAGAAUCAGAUCGAAAUUGUCGGACUUUUGCAUUCCG